AUGAACAUGGAAAUCUCCUUCCAAAUCACCAAUCCUAAGCUAGAGAAGAUGGUUUCAAUGCCAUCGAACCAGAAAGCCUAUAUUUCAUGCAGAUCUCAUGGUGGGUUAGCCAUGCACAAAAAGAACAAGGCCAGCAACUUUUACGAUUUGCUUUCACUCGGUUCUGAGAAUAACAAUAAGGUUGGCUUGCAUGAGAUAAAGAAAGCAUACAGAAACAUGGCCCUUCAGCUUCACCCUGAUGUUGUCCCUCCCUCUGCAAAAGAGGAGUCAACCAGACGAUUCAUCGAGCUUCAAAAGGCAUAUGAAACACUUUCAGACCCGGUUUCACGUCAAAUUUACGAUUACCAGUUGGGUUUGGGGAUCUCAUCGGUAGGGUGGGGAGUGGAUGAAUCAUGUAUGGAUCAGGUGAAUAGAUCCAUGUUCAGCAAGGAAGUGUGGGAAGAACAACUUCGGGGACUGCAUAAGAGGUCUCAAACUCGAACGGGGAGGAAACACUAUAGGCCGAUGUAG